AUGAGUAAUCUGGACUCUGAGAAUGAUCCAGAGAGCAGCGGCAGCACCACCAAUGCCAACAGCUUGGAGGAGGAAUAUGAAAGAGUGGCACCCACAGAAAAGGAGGGCACAGACCUGGAGUCUCCGGGAAUAAUAGCUGAUUCGGGUGAUGUCAAAUCCUCUGAGGUGCCAGUGGCGAAGGCCUCAAAGAAGAAGGCCUCCACUGAAAGAGCAGCACCCAGAAAAAGGCAGAGGGUUGAAAGCAAAAGAAAACAAGUGUUGAAGUCCACCUCCACUGAUAAAGGAGCACCCAGCAAACAGCAGAGCCAUACCAGAUCAGAGAGGAAUGACCGUACCAGCAAUGCCAUCAACUCUGGGGAUGGAUGUGUGAGGGUGACACCCACAGAAGAGGAGAGCAGAAACCUGGAGUCUCCUGGAAUAGCAGAUGGGUUGGAUGACAUCAAACCCGCUGCGGUGCCAGUGGUGAAGGCCACUAAGAGGAAGGCCCCCACUCAAAGAGAGGCACCCAGAAAAAGGCAGAGGGUUGAAAGCAAAAGGAAACAAGUGUUGAAGGCCUCUUCCUCUGACAGAGGGGCACCCAGCAAACAACAGAGCUCCAGUGCCCACUCAGCUGUCACACAGGACAACAAGAGCACCUCCCUCAGAGGCCAUACCAAAUUGGGUGACUAUCUGAACAAAUACAGUCAGCUGAACCAGAUUGGACAAGGAGGCUAUGGCUCAGUUUAUGCUGGCACAAGAAGAUCGGAUGAUUUCCCUGUGGCGAUCAAAUACAUCAAUGAAUGUGAUGUGAGGAGGCGUUCAGUGGAUGUAAAUGGGACAAAAUGCAUGAUCCCCAUUGAGGUGAUCGCCAUGCACAAAGCAGCAGGUGAACCAGAGUUUGUGGGUAGAUCUGCAGUCGUGUCAUUGUUAGACUGGUAUGAUCUGGGCACGAUGAUUAUUCUGGUGAUGGAGAGACCAAACCCCUCGCUGGAUCUGUCACACUUCUUGAGGAACUGUGGUAAAGUGGAAGAGGACUUUGCAAAGAACAUCAUGAAACAGGUGGUGGAGGCAGCCAUCGAGAUGGACCAUGCAAAAGUCUUCCACCGUGACUUCAAAACUCCCAACAUCCUUCUUCAAGACAUCUCUGGUGACCCCCGCGUGCGAAUCGUCGACUUUGGAGUUAGCCUCAUUUUAUGGAGGAAGAAGUACAGUUAUCACAACUACUAUGGAACCCCUGCAUAUAUCCCACCAGAGCUUUACACACAUGGGACAUACCAGGCUGGCCCCACCACAGUCUGGCAGCUCGGUGGACUGCUUUAUGACAUGCUGCAUGGAGUCUUUACCUUUGACACUUUGAAGUUCAUGGAGAAACAAAAACAUAUCAGGAGUGACCUGUCUCAUGACUGCCAGGAUUUCUUCACAGUUUGUUUGGCUGUAGAGCCUGAGGAGCGCGCCACUCUGGAACAAAUCCUGCAGCACCCCUGGCUGGUUCAAACAAGGCUGGAGCCUCCAACCCACCACAAUCCCUAAAACAGAUUGCACCUGCUGUACAAUUAGAUUAACCAGCGUUAAUGCCAGUAAUCAGUGGUAUGUGUUAAAAAUACAAAGAAUGUUA